CUACCACCCGUUCACCAUCGCAUAUUUCCCCUUCAAUCCCCACCCCUCGAGGCAAUGAUCGCACGGAGUCGAUGUUCCUUCCAGAGGGUACCGAAAUCAUGUCUUUCGGCAUCAGCGUAUCGGAGAGUCACCAGUGGGCGCGUGCGGAUCAAUGUUCCCUCAGCGUAUCCGGUAGUUGAGAACUGUCCUGUGAACACAUGCGAAUGCAGAGCAAUGCCCAGUGGGCUAGACAUCGAUCAGGAAAAGCCUUUAGGUGGGACUAUGCCCGGCUACUCCGAGCAAAUUCUUAUCUCAACCGGUACAAACGAAUGGGGAAGCCGCAUAGAAGAAGAUGAGAACGCCUCGUUCAUCAGGGACCUUAAGAGCUUCCUCACCAGAGGUGGAAAGUAUAUGGAUCCCUUCCAUAACGUUAUGGUCACGAACUCCUCUCUACCAGCUGAUUCAGUUGAGUCAUCGUCCGCAUCAGCGUAUCUUUUGCCCAGCUUCAAGUACGUCUCGCGCAUUCCCGUGAAUAGAACUUCAGUUGAGACGUUCUUGAAAGGGUUCGUUUUACCGGAGCAACUACACGAAAUGCAUAAAGCCCUUACUAUAGAACAAAAAGCCGCGCUUAGGAGAGAUAGUUCGUUGCAGGAAACAUUCUUUGUAAGAGAUGUGGAUGAGAUUCUGAUUUUAAUCUGCGGGCACGGCAAGCGUGACCAACGCUGCGGAAUCCUUGGACCACUACUACAAAAUGAGUUCAAAGAUCAAAUGCGUGCGAGUGGGUUUGAUGUGCUUGAAACGGUAGCACACCAGGACCCAGUCGCGAGAACAAAGUCAGCUCUCCCACCUGUACGUGUCGGCAUGAUCAGUCACAUCGGUGGGCAUAAGUAUGCCGGAAAUGUCGUCAUAUACAUACCGCCAAGCUGGCAGGCAAAUGGUCUCCGAGGCAAGGGCUUAUGGUACGGGCGUGUGACGCCGUAUCAUGUUGAGGGAAUCAUCAAGGCGUCUAUCAUGGAAGGUAAGAUUAUCAAGGAACUUUUCAGGGGUGGUAUCACCGAGCAAAGAGCAAUUUUGAGACUAUAACAAUGUUAGACUAAUUACUUGCACAUAUAUCAGUCGAGUGUAGUGAG